AUGAACGUUUAUUCUCUGUCCUCCAAGAUGAAAUGCCACUCUCAAGAUACUAUGGAAGAGACCAAGUUCUCGCUGCAUGAACAUCUUCGAAACUACUAUCUUGAGCUAACACCAGACGGCAGCUUCGUACGAUGGCUAAGAGAGAAUCCAAAACAUCCAAGGAACUGGUCUGUUCUUCGAAAGACAUAUGAUACGGGACUUAUUUGCGCGUUGGACCUUUUUAUAACUGCUAGCAGCACUGCAGGAGCAGCGGCAGCGGCGCAGGCCAAACAUGAAUAUCACUUAGAUCAUACAUUUGCAACCUUUUGUUUUGUGACACUUUUUCUUCUAGGCCAGUCCAUUGGCACUAUUCUAUUCCCACCUUGGUCCGAAUCCUUUGGUCGCAAAAAGAUGUAUAUUUUCAGCAGUGGCCUGAGUUGUGUCUGUUGUCUCGUCAUCGGAUUUUCACAAUCUCUUACCGGGGCUGUUAUCAUGCGAUCAUUAGCUGGGUUGCUCUCGGCAGUUCCUAGCACUAUCGUGGGCGGAAGUAUUGAGGACAUGUUCAACUCCCAGGCACGAAUUUGGGUUGUCUUCUUCUGGACAGUGGCCUCGAAUAUUGGGUUGAUUGUUGGUCCGAUCAUGAGCAGUCACAUCAUUGAACUUCUCAACUGGAGAUGGGUGUUUUUUACAUAUGCGAUCAUCAUUGGUGGCAUUACCGGCCUCCUUUUCCUUAUUCGCGAAUCCCGGUCAUCCUACAUCUUGACUUGCGAAGUUGAUCGAAUGCGACGGGAGAUUCCAGAGAUACCUCCAGCAUUGAACCACGACCACUCUCCCAACUUACAGACCUUUGUCAAAGAGGCUCUUUUCCGUCCCGCGCAGCUUUUCUUCCAAGAACCCAUUAUAUUCACAAUUGCCAUGAUGAUAUCUAUCGCGAUGUCCCUCAUCUAUAUUUUUACGGAAGCCUUACAGCCAAUAUACCAAUCCAUGGGAUUCUCAGCAUCACAGGCGUCUCUCAUGUUCAUGGCUCUCGGGCUCGGGACAUGUCUGAGCACAUUCACUCGCAUACUGGACUGUUAUAUUUUCAACAAGCGCAGGAUGCAAGGAAAGCCUAUCAGGCCGGAAGACAAGCUUGUGGGCUUAGCUCUCGGGGCUCCAUUUUUGGCCAUUGGUCUGUGGUGGUUUGGCUGGACAAUUCCCCCCAAGACACCAGGACCGAAUACGCCAUGGAUUAUCCCAACACUGUCUCUGGUUUUGGUCGGCUAUGCUCUGACUGAAAUGGACACCGUGCUCUAUGGGUAUAUCUCAGAUAGCUAUUUGAGCUACUCUGCCAGUGCGACCGCUGCUGUGGCGUUCCUACGAGGCAUGCUGUCUGGGGCAUUUCCGCUCUUCACAAAUCAAAUGUUUAACGGGCUGGGGGCUAAUAUUGCAGUCUCGAUUCUGGCAGGCGUGGCUACUGUCUUUUGCAUCGUACCUCCAUUGUUUUUGUGUUAUGGUGAGAGAAUUCGACGACGAAGUCGAUUUGCCAGGUACAGCUGGGAAAUUCAGGAAGAAAUGGGAAAGGAUGAGUAUGACAUCUGA